AUGCCGCCCAGGCGAGGUCGUGGCGGCCACGCGGGAGGUGCUCCGUCCCCAGCGCCUGACCCGUCGCCGAGAGCCCAGAGGACUGGAGGGCCCUCCAGGUUCAGUACAUCCUAUGGGUCUCCAUCGAUGUACGCCGCUGCUCGCAGCUCCACGUCAUCCUCGCUUGACGGCAUCGGCAGUGCGGUCAGAUCCGUGCGAGACUCCAACGCAGCAGACGGACAGAACAGAGCAAACCAACGGGCUUCUAGGGCCGACGACCAGGGUGCGCGACCCUCUAACAACGGAGGCCCAGCGGCUCCCCCUCCGGCCCCUCCUGUGGUGCCUCCUCCCCCCGACCAGCAACCGUUGGGGCCUGCGAACAACAACCAGCUUGCACAGGAACCCCACCUGGUGGACGGGCCUCCACCGUUCAACCACCACGCCAAUCUGGCGGAGCUUUAUCGAGGAGAGCGAGCUCUACCAUACUGCAAACGUUGGGACACCGAGACCGCCGAGACCACCAAGAGGCUCACGCCGACGGGGUACCGAGGCAUCGCAUUCUGGGCACAGAAGGGCCCAGUACCCCAGGGGCCGAUACUGGAAAGCCAUCGAAUGGAGGGCCUUCAACUGGUGGGCCUUCAACUGUGGGGCCUUCAACUGGGCCAGGCACUGGAGGCUAUUCGACUGGAGCGCCCGGUAGUGAAGGGCCAUCAACUGGACGGUCCUCAACUGGGGUCUCUUCAACUGGAGGGCCAGGCAAUGGAGAGCACCAGGGUACAGUGCCAGGCCCUCCUAUUAAUGAUAGCCAGCAAGGCUCUAACGAAGGCAUUCAGGAAGGGAGUAAGCGAGGACCACAAGGACCUCAGGGACCUCGAGGGCCCCAGGGACCGUCGGGGACACAAGGGCAGCCCGGACAGCCCGGACCACAAGGUCAACCAGGUCAGCCCGGACUACCCGGACUGCAAGGACAGCCGGGACAGCCGGGACCACAAGGACAACCCGGGCAGCCUGGGCCACAAGGACCACAGGGACCUCAGGGACCACAAGGACUACAGGGGCCGCAAGGGCCGCGGGGACCACGAGGGACGCGAGGGCCAGUGGACAACGACGCCGAUGGUCCACCAGACGUUCUGGUUGAGGGCGACGAUCUCUUCUCUCAAAGCUUGA